AUGCAUCUACAUCAGAUUUUAACUGGUGCGGCCAAUCCAAGUGAUUAUAGCUUUGCCGCAGGUAGUAUCGAUAGUGUUCAUUUUGUGGCCUAUGCAGCUGGUUAUAAUAUUGUGAUCUUAUCUGGUGAUUUUCAACGUGUUCAAGUGCUUUUAUCAGGAAAUGAGAAUAAUCAAUGUUUACUAACAUGCAUUCAUUGUACAUACGAAUCUGGCAAAAUUGUUGCCGGUUUUGGAAAUCAAGUUUGUAUUUACGAACCAACAUCUACCUCCGAACGAUCAUUGCAUCAUCAAGUUAAUUAUCGUUGGACAUUAACACAAACACUAACAUGUUCCAAUGAGAAAAUAACAGCACUUGCUUGGCAUCCGAAAGGUAGUGAAUAUCGAGGAACAAGAAUUGAAGUUGAACGAAAUGGUGUACUUCUUUUAGGUGACCAACUGAUUGUUGUUUGUGAGUCGACUUUACAAGUUUGGUUUAGUCAAUAUGACGAAAUUGAAUCUCGAACGAAUAGAGUCAACUUUGAAUUGGGUGCAAGUGAUAUGUCAGGAAAGUUAUCUGGUCAUGCUGCUCCGAAAACUUGGAGAAACGUUUGGAGUACCAAACCGGCAUCACCAAUAAAACAUGUCACAUACUCGAAUGAUGGAAUAUUUUUCGCCACUGCAUCACAAAAUGAUCGUUUAGUUAAGAUUUGGUACCGAACAACAGAUAAUAGUGCAAUUAUUUCCUUUACAUCAACUUAUUUACCUCAUCCGAGAGCAGUCACUUAUAUAUCAUGGAGACAAACCAGUCAUUUUUUUGCCGAAGGAACAGUUGUUAAUUGUUUAUUAACAUGUUGCAAAGAUAAUAUUUGUCGUAUAUGGUGCGAAACUAUGCAACAAGAUGAAUCAUCCGUCUAUAUUAGCGAUCCAACUAUGAUAAAAACGCAACGAAAACGACAAAAUGAAUGUGUAGAUAAAAGUGUACAAAAACUAUAUAGAAUGAGGUAUAACCAUUUUAUUCCAAUGACUAAUCGUCCUGAACUCUCAUCACCAACCUCUUACGUCGACAAUCAAAUUCCUCCUACUCCUGCUUCGAUGAUAUCAUCCCAUGCUCUUAAUACCAACGAUGACGAUCAAUUGAAUCAGCUCGGGCAGACAGUGACAGCAAUGUCAUCUUCUUCAUCGUCAGCCUCGUCACUCGUCCAACUGAAUUCGCCAUCGACAUCUUCAUCAAUAUCCAUGUCCACGCAGAAAUUCCUGCGUUUUCAUUUAGCAACGACGAUCAAUCCAAGUACCGAUGCGUUACUCGCACCGACUAUUCCAACCCAUAAAGAAUAUAUGUUCAUCGUGCAAUGGUUAAAUAAUAAAGAUUUAUAUAAUCUUUUCUCCGUUGAACAAUUCGUUCUUGAUAUUCAACGGAAAACGAAAGGUCAAACAAUACCUCCAACGACUAACGAUAAUGAUGAUAUAAAUAGUAAUGACACACAAGCAGAUCUUGCUAGUGUACUUGACAAACGGCCAACACUUUACGGUCGUGACUGUUUAUUAGAUGAAUCAAAACAUUUUGUACAAAUACGAACUUAUCUGAAGAAACUUAUUGAUGAAUGGAAAAGCAGUCCAGAUGUUGUCUUUAGCGUACAUCCAAUCGAUGGUAGUCUUCUUCUUUGGGUUAUUGAUUGGCUUGAUCAACCAUUGGUCAAUACGGUAAAAUUCUCUUCUUCUUCUUGUUCUUCAUCAACAUCUUUGAUUAAUUAUCAAAUGUUAUAUCGACAAGUCCAAGUUAGUUUCUCUGCUCGGAUACCCGAUAUAUUUCCAUUGGGCGAUGCACUAUCUUUACAACCACAUUUGAUUAUUUAUUGCAAUAAUUUCUUAUUCGAUCAAUAUCUUUCGUUGUAUCAAACGAAACAAAAACAACAUUUACCAAUAAUUAACAUGAUUACCAAACAUACCAACGGAACUUUGAACCUUUGGGCAUUGACAUUCCAUCAGCAACAAAAAUUUCAAUCGUUAAUAUGUGUGACACAUACAGCACGUAUGUGUGGUCAUCAUUUUCCUAUUCGGCACAUCGUUUGCCAUCCAAUUGUUCCACUAGUACUAACAAGUUCAUAUUACGACGGUAAAACUGAAUUACCUUUCGCAAAAAAACAACGCUUUGACAAUUCGUUAAUUCUUUGGAGUACGGAACCCAUUGGCCCAUUGACAAUGACAGGCGGAAUAACUGAAUUAGCUAGAAUGGGAUCAACGCAUCAGGGAGCAUUCAAACUAAUCGCUUGGUUUCCAAUGGUUAUGCCAUGCAUGAGCAAUGAAUUAUUACGCGAAUCACCAAGCGUUCUCUUCUGCGCAUCGGACGGUAAACACCUACGCAUUUAUCAAGUCGUUUGCAAUGCCAAAGCAGUUUUGACAAGACAAUUUUCUUCUUCGAAAUCUUUUCAAACUUUUAGCGAUUCGGAAGCAAAUACUGUUCGAUCAUCACCUUCAUCUGACUUCACUACGCCACGUUUGAAUGUUGUGAGUAAUCAAUCGACAGCUCGACCAAGUUGUGUGAUUAGUCUGGCAGAAAUCAACGAUUCGGAAUGUGUCUGGUCUCAUGCAGAAUUGAUCCACAUAUUUCCCGCCAAUGCCAUUGAGGAUCAAAGCGAUCAAACACCAUUAUGCAAAAUCUAUUACCUCGUGCUGGUCGAAAAAUCCAAUGAAAAUACGAGUCAAAGUUUUAUUCAUAUGUGGAAAAUCACGAUUACUUAUCCGGACGAUGAUAGCGAGUCUAUAAGUAUGAAUAGUUUUAAUAGUGACGCUGAAUGGAUAGUCCAAGUUCAGAGUUCCAAAGUUAGUACAUACGUUCUUCCAUUACUUGCCAAUGCUGAACUGCAAUCCGUCGACGUCGCAUUUGGUCAUUUAAGCUCUAGUACACUUUGUUAUUCGGAUUUUUCAUCAUCGUCGCCAUAUUUGUUAUCUACUUCACAUUCCGAUGGUAUGGUUCGUUUUUGGACAUGUACACAUCAAUCAUCCAAUACAUACGAAUGGUCCGAAUGGUGUGGAAUAUCCACUGAAUGUCAAUUAAAUUCUCGUCUACAAUUCUCUGGACAACCAUUAGCGAUAAGUAAUGCGUAUUGUGGUCGAUUAGCUGUAGCUUUUCUCGAUAAGCACAUUCAUCUUGGUAUCUAUGAAUGUGAAUCAACAGGAGGAACAGCAUUCAAUUGCGAAACUAUUGUUUCAAUAACUGAAAUACAAAAUCCAUCAAAUCAUUUAGCAGUUCAUUUUGAUUGGGCAUCAAUUGAGAAUGGUGCGCAUCUCCUAGCAACAGCUAUUGGUAUACGAUACGUUUUCAUUUAUUCAUAUACUCAAUCGUCUCAAUGGACAAAAAUACGAACGAUUGAAUUGUCAUCGAUCAAUACCAAUCUUUUCCUCUACCCAAAUUUAAGUUUGAAAUGGGUUCGUGGUGGACUUCUAUUAGUUGGUCUUAACAGUGAAUUACAAGUUUAUUCACAAUGGUCAUCGUUAAAACGACAGUGCCAUUCGGUUGUACCCGAACCAUUAAUCAGACCUAAACGUCGAGUAAAUACAUCGAGUAAUCUGAAGAAACUUUUGACAAGUAAUGAUUUAAACUCAAUUAAUAAUAAUAAUAAUGCAAAUAAUAACAAUACUAAUGCAACAACUGCCAGUGCCGAACCACAACCAUCUUGGUUAACUUUAGAUUCAAUAAGUUCCAUCAGUUUAUUUCACGCUGCGCGUAACGCCGCACCUGUCUUACCACAAUAUCAUCCAACGUUGCUGUUAGAACUAGUGCGUUUCGGCAAAUAUCGUCGUGUUAAAGCUAUCCUUGCUCAUCUCACACGCUGCAUCGUUAGCACGGUACAUAGUGUCGAGGGUAAAGUCGAAAUGAAGUUAAUGCGUAGUCGAACGUUUUCAAUUGCCAACAAUGACGAUAACGAACCGUCGAUAGCAGAAGUUGGAGAUUUAAAAUACGUGGAAAUAGAUGCAGUACCGUUGUUGCCUUUAUUUGCUUUGUUUGACGCCGAUCACGAAACUGUUCCGCCGAUUGAUCAUGGAAAAUCGACAGACAAUAAUGGAAAUUCCAAUGGAAACGAUGAGGAUAUGAAUGGAGGCGAUAAAUAUGAAGAUUUGUUCACAUCACAGUUGAGUUCAAAUCGAGAAGUUGAGUUUAAAUUCGAUGAAGAUCACCUGCAAGAUGCCGAAAGGAAAAAACAAGUGGAAUUGAACAAAUUUCGAAAAGAAUUAUUAUCCAAUCGAAAUUGGUCACCAGCAUUUGAUUCUCGCAUGGUUGAUUUACUUGUUGAUUAUUUCCAACGCGUUCGCCUAUCAAAUCUAACCAGUCUUGAACAAAUGUAUCUCCUCGCUUUAGCCGACACCUUAGCUAAUUCAAGUAAUGAUUCAUUGUCGAUUCAAACAUAUUCAACUGAUAAACCAUCAAAUGCGAUGGAUGAUUGUGGUCUUCGAUUUUUAAUCGAUGUGCAACGGUACAUUUAUCUUUCACGAAUCGUCUCAUCACCGAACACACAUGGAAACUCAGCAUUGAAUCACAUCAUAACAAGCGCAUCGUAUGCAUGGGCAUUUCAUUCGGAUUUACAAGAAGAUCUGCUGGGAAUGCUUCCAUGUAUGGUCAAAAAUAAACCCGUUUGGAACGAAUUGAAACUAUUCGGAGUUGGAUGGUGGAUUCGAAAUAAAAGCGUUAUUACGCGAUUAUUCGAAAAGCUCGGCAAAACUGCAUUCGAAGCGCACAAUGAUCCACUCGAUAGUGCUAUCUAUUUCUUAGCAUUGAAAAAGAAGAGUUUACUGUAUAAUUUAUAUAAACAUGUACAAGACACUAAAAUGCAAGAUUUCUUCAAAAAUGACUUCACGCAAGAUCGAUGGUUGAAAGCAGCCCAGAAGAAUGCAUUCACUCUUCUGGGUAAACAGCGUUUUAAACAUGCAGCUGCCUUCUUUCUUCUCGCCGGAAAGAUUCGUGAUGCCAUCGAAGUUAUUAUCACUAACCUCAAUGAUAUCCAACUAGCUUUAUUAAUCGGUCGUCUCUAUGAAACUGAAGAACAGAAUUUAGUGACGAAUCUUCUCAAUAAAGAGAUUCUCUCGAAACCGCAUGAUGAUCCGUUUUAUCGUAGUAUGGCAUAUUGGCUGCUGAAAGAUUAUGACCGAUCGCUGCAAACACUGCUUCACAAUGAGACUUUCGAUCAGCAACAGUCGAUAUUUAUUUUCUAUGAUUAUUUGAAGCAACAUCCACUUGUUGUCCGGGCGAAACAACUGUCGAAAGAAAAUUGUAAUGAAACGACGAAUAACUUUUCGAUUGAGCGCCGUGUGCAUUUUCAAACAGCGUAUUAUUACUUGAGAAUCGGUUGUCCACUAUUGGCAUUGGAGAUUUUGGCGAAAUUACCAGCAAAUAUCAUUUUAUCGAAUGAAACGAAGCCACCAGUGGAAGUUAAAACUGAAGUUAAACCUCAGAAUGUCGACAGUUUCGAUUGGAGUCAACCGGUCACGAAUAAAGUUGAAGAUGAUGAGUUACAACUUGAAUGGAGUGAUGACGAAAAGGAAAAUGAAGAGGAACCACCUAAGGUCGAAGAGCCGGUACAAAAAGCAACAGCUUCAGUGGACGAUAAAUCUGUAAAACAACAAUUCGAUACAAUUGGACAGUACAUGAAACUAAUAUGUUGCUUGAAAAUCAUCGUCGAAGAAAUGGCGACGUUGGCAACUGGAUUUGAAGUUGCAGGUGGACAACUCAGACAUCAUUUAGCAUGUUGGCUCGAACAAGAAAUCGGUGUCAUUCGUCAUUUGUGCAAUCUGAAUACAUCUGCGGAUGGCGAUGCUGAAGAUUCGCAUGAAAAUUUAGAUGCUCCAAUCUUAUCGGACAUAAAUGAUGAUCCGAUACUACCAGCAGGCGCAUUUUCUAGUGCUGAAUCUCCAUCUGUAUCCUACGUUCGUACAAGUACCUUUGAAACGAGAAUGAAACGUUCACUACGACGUCGUCGUUGGUUAAAAGCCAAUGAACAUCUUCUACGCACAUUAGUUUCAUUUACAAGUCUUCACGGUAUGCAUGGUGGUGGUUUAGCAUCCGUGCGCAUGGAACUGUUAUUAUUAAUGCAUGAGUUAUAUCGUGACCGUCGCACACAAUUGAAAUAUCCAAUUCCAUUGCCAACACAAGUGCCAUUAUUGAUUGCCAAUCUAUCUGGAACGUUGAGUGUUAGUAAUAAUGCUAUAAGUUACCUACGCGACUUAAGCCAAGAUCUCCUGCGCACAAUGACAACGUGGUUAACAUUACCGAAAAUAACGGAGCAGAGCAUGCAGAUUGUUGCAGUUAGAGAUUUAUCGAUUGCAUUGGCCAGUUGUGUUUAUCAAUCGCUAUGUCAUACGAACGAAAAUCAAACGAGUGAACGUAUCGCAGUGGAAUCAUUUCUAAAGUCGUAUCUAUAUCGAAGAGAAUCAGUUCGAUUGCAUAGACGCAAGAGUGUUACGGAAUUGAUUGAACGAGAAGCACCAACAACAGCACCGAAAGACUGGCCAGGAAUCAAAAUCUUCACGAGUCUAAUCAAAGAUCAAGAGAAUAAUCUAACCAAACUGAAAAUUCUUCUCGUCGAAAUUCUCAUUGCCGUUUACAUGUCACUCCUGAUCUACGCUUUAUCAACUGAUGAUUGUAAUACGUUGUAUCGAUUGUUGAUACGCAAAUGGUCGACACCAGAAUUAGCCGUUAAGCUGUGGUACGGCAUCUUUGGUGGAGGAGCGAAAAAACAAAGACCAAAUCCACAGACAGCUUCAUUAUCAUCAUCGCCUGAUCCAAAUAUGGAAAUGUCUGUUUCGCCAACAACAUCAACUAUGGCACCACUAGCAAAUCGACAUCAAUCGGUAACGAAAUUUGCGCAAAAAAUCAUCAUGCCAAACAAUCAACAACAACAACAACCACCGUCCUAUGUCGAAGUUUUUAUUCCGCCACGUGCUAGUAUCGUUAAUUAUUUUAUGGCCAAAAUAUCGUCCAAUAAAGGAUUUAAUUCCGAUGACAAUGAUGGACAGAUCAGCGAUGCGGCCGAUGAGGACAAUGAAGACGAAGAAGAUCAGGAUAUAUUCGAUUCAACGAAGUCUGAUGAUGAGCUAACAUCAAAACAAAAACAACGUAAAAUGCAAGAACGUGAACAUACGGAUUCAAUGUCAUAUUCUUGGGUUCUGAUGCGUUAUGCCAUCGUUCGACUUGUCUACAAACGUCUCUGGUCGUUUUUUCCUCAUAUUGGUAUCGAGAAACAAGAAAUUCCGAGUGUUUCACCAUUAAUUCAGCAAUUCCUACAAAAUCUUAAUAUUUGGCAAGAUUCACUUCGACGAACCUUAGAAAGUUUCAAUGUUCCACCCGAUAAUUAUCUACCAUUGAGUGGCGUGAGCACUAUUGACGAACAGACAACUGGUCUACCCAUUCAUCGCUAUCGUACAAUACUCGAUCCCAAUAAUACCCCAUUUUCAAAAUCGCCAUCAGCGUUACCAGCAAAACGACUUUGGAAGUAUUUAGUUAACGAUGAGCAAUCACAAGGAAUAUUCAUCAAGUAUAUAUUCAAACGAAAACCAGUGUCGCCAACGCUUCCACCAGCGCCUAGAUUUAUGGAAAAAUCUUCGUCACCUAAGCAUGUAAAAACUAGCCGACUGAAACGUUCACAAUCGUUACAACCGAUUGUCUCCGAUAGCCGAGCAACGAUGGAAAAUCUGGCCGAUUCAACAGCAUUAAUGACGACUGCAACCAAUUCGAAGAUUAUCUAUCGAGAUCCCGAAUCAAUCUAUUCUUUCUGUCUUAAUAGUAUGAAUCCAACAUUGCUAGCAGCUGGUCUAUCUCGUGAAAUAAUCGAAUUAGAUAUUUCAAGUAUAACAUUACCUAACGAGCCUUAUGAAUUAUCAGACGAUGAAAACGAAUUAUCUCCCUCAUUGCCUCGACAAACAUCUGCAAUACUCAAUCGUGAUCCGGGAGGAAAUCGAAUACCUUCGUCACUACGAAUGCCAACAAUGGGUGUUUACGCUCCAAAUAUGUAUCUAACUCAAACAACCGCUACAACUAUAAAUGGAAACACGACAAAUACUGAUAAUCAACACGUUCUUACCAAUCGCCACGCGAUAAAAGAAAGUCGAAAGUUUGCAAAUCAUCCAGUGUUACCUCAUUAUCUAACCGGAUGUGCGGAUGGCAGUGUUUAUCUACUCAACUGGUCUCAAGAUACGCCACCUCGGCAAGUUCGCGAAGCCAGUAAACGUGUCACUAAAAUCGAAUUAAGUAGCGAAGGCAACAAGUUUGGUGUCGCCGAUAUUGACGGUAAUUUAUCACUACAUGUUCUCUCGAGCAAUCGUUCGACAGCAUAUACACGCUUGUUAACACAUUCGAAAACGACCAACGAUUUUGUUUUUCUCGAUUCAUCGACAUUACUGGCAACUUGUGGAUCAUCGAAUGACCAGCAAAAUGUUGCUCUUUGGGAUACAUUGAUGCCUCCAGCACGUGCAAAUAUAACUUCAUUCACAUGUCACGAAGCCAAUGGUGCACAGUGCUUAGCUUAUUCUCAAUCCUAUCAAUUAUUGCUUUCAGGUGGUAAACAAGGAGAUAUAUGCAUAUUCGAUUUACGGCAAAGAAAACGUUUAGCAACCAGUCAAGCGCACGAUUCACACAUGAAAACCCUUUGUUUAGAUCCACUAGAGAAAUUUUAUGUUACUGGAUCGACCAAGGGAAACAUCAAAAUUUGGCGUUUGCAUGGUUGCGAAAUGAUUCAUUGUUUUUAUGGUGAACAUUUUCGUCGCGGAUUUCUCCAUUCGCAAAUCAGUGGUGUAAACCAUUUGCAUUUAACAGCUAGUCGUCAUUUAUUUUCAUCCGGUGCUGAUGGAACGAUAAGUGUUCGACAAAUAACCCAAUUCGAUUAG